GAGAGCUAACAAGUUGAGAGAAUGGAAAAGGCCGGGCAGCCAUCUGGGACGGCCCGAGCGGAUCUGGUACAAAAGACACCGGUGUUGAGUGGGCGUGGCCCGAAACUGGAAAGGAAAUAUGUGGAGAAGAACAGGAGGAAUCAGUUGAAGGGGCUGUAUAACCAACUGUUCUCCCUUGUCCCGUCGUCCCAGGAAACUUUGCCAUUGCCUGAUCAAGUAGACGUAACAAUCAAUUACAUAAAGACAAUGAAAGAGAAGUUGGAGAAGAUGAAGCAUGAGAGAGAAGAGCUGAUGAUGAUGAAGAAGAAGGCGCAGAGCAGAAAAAUGCACAGUUGUGCAUCGUCGUUGUCAAGUCAUCUUCAUCAUCAUGUGGAGCCUCAUCCUCAGAUUCACAUUCACGAGAUGGGUCCGGCCAUGGCGGUCGUUUUCAUCACUGGGCUCGACAACGUUGCCACGUUCAAUGACAUUAUUCGAGUGGUCCGAGGAGAAGAAGGUGUUGAAGUUACCAGCGCCAGUUUUCAACUCCACGGUAACUCUACGUUGCAGAUUGUCGGUGAACCGGUUGGGAAAUGGGCAGUGAGUAACGGAGCUGCCGGAGCAAUAACGUCAGUGUCAAAGAAACUAAAAGAAAUGAUAAGUGGGGCGACAAGCACCGAAACGGAGUCAUCAUCACGACUAGAGUUAUGGGAUUAUGAUAUUGAAAAUGAAGUGUGGGGAUUUGAUGUAGUAGCACCACUGCAACAUAAUAUCGAACAAUAUUGAAAAUGAGUGAAACCCGUAGGCGGUAGCGCAUCUACUACCUGAGAGUGUGCAGGAUAAAUCCCGCUUUGUAAACAACAAUACUAAUAUUUCUUCUUAAUUAAGAGGUUUAACAUCA